ACGUAUAACUACGAGAAUCGGCGAAUCCUACGGGAUGCAAUCUUGGCUUCAACAUUGGAUACCUACGUUCCUACGCGCACUGCUCAGGAAAAGGAGGAAGAUCAUGGGUGCGACGCUAUAGACACCCAUAGGGUCGAAUCACAUUCCCGUCCCAUUUUGAGCGUGGUUAAUUUCGCUAGGCGUCUGUUUUAAAGAACAGACUGCUACAAAGUGAAAAUCAAGACUUCAGUGAAUCCGGCAACACGGAAUCGGCGAAAAGACUCUAGCCAGGACGGAUAGACCACCCCGGCAAGGAUGUCCCUCCACAUCAACGGCGUGGCGCUGGUGACGGGUGCAGGCAGCGGCAUCGGCCGUGAGUGCGCGCUGGCCUACGCGGCCGAGGGUGCUCGCGGAGUCGUCGUCGCGGACCUGCGUCUCGAGGCGGCGCAGGAGACGGCGCGCGAGUGCGAGGCGGCGGCGGGGUCGCGCGAGGGGUUCAAGGCGCUGGCGGUGGCCGUCGACGUGGGCAGCCGGGAGAGCGUGGACGCGAUGGUGCGGUCGGCGGUGGACGCGUUCGGGCGCAUCGACUACCUCGUCAACAGCGCGGGCGUCGGCGUGCAGCGCCACCUGCCGGUCGACGACGCCGACGCGGCCGAGAUGGAGCGCUUCUGGCGCGUCAACGUCAUGGGCAGCUUCAACUGCAUCCAGGCCGUCACCAAGGUCAUGAAGGUCCAGGACGUCGCCACCGUCGUCACGAGGACCGGCCGCGUGCGCGAGGUCGGCCGCGGCGUCAUCCUCAACAUCGGGUCCUGCAACUCGUACAUGGCGACGCCCCACAUCGUACAGUACACGACUACGAAGCACGCCGUCAUGGGGUUGACGAAGAAUGCCGCGCUGGACAAUGCCGCGUACGGCAUCCGCGUGAAUGCAAUCUGUCCAGGGUGGGUGGAAACGCCCAUGGUGGACGCCGCGAUGGAGGGGAACCCCGAACUGCCCAAGAUGAUGAAAACGGUGAUUCCCAUGGCUAGGAUAGCGAAGCCGGAGGAGAUCGCAGACGUGGUCCUGUUCAUGACAAGCCCCAGAUCGAGCUACGUUACAGGGGUCGGGUGGAUCGUGGAUGGCGGCACGACGUUGCAAGUGCAGGCUUGUUAGCUACCUCCGGUGCUUCGCCGCAGUGCUUCGCCGAGAGCCCGCAGAGGUACCUAAACGGUGAAUCUACUCGUGUCUAUUGGCUUGACUAGAGAAACGGGCCGCCCCUUAAGCCUCGCCAAGAGAUGGCGGAAAUCCUUCGCCAAAGACUGGGUAUAUUUGUCUAGGCAAUGAAAAUUUAGGCUGCCGUUUUGUCGACAUCGCCACCAAUAUGGGACUAGGUAACUAAAUUGAAGCCUAAUAGCGAGAUUCAUACCUAUGUGAUAGUUAGACUCAUGGAUGUAUAAAUUCACGAGACAAUAAGUUACCAUCA